AUGCCAGAAACCAAAACCACAGAAGGCGAAAUCCCCUUCGAUGCGCCUGGGGCUGGCAAGCCAUGUCACACAUGGUACAAGGUCAUCGGUGAUCUCCACGGCAAAACAUCGACAUCUUCAAAAGUCCUACCCCUCAUUACAUGUCACGGAGGUCCCGGUGCCUGCCACGAGCUAUUAGGUCCUCUCGCUGACUUGAACACCCAAUUCGGAAUUCCAGUGAUAUUCUACGAUCAAAUCGGCAGCGGAAAGUCGACACAUCUCCGAGAGAAAGCUGGCGAUGUGACAUUCUGGAAUGAAGAGUUGUUCAUCAAGGAAAUCGAUAAUAUAGUCGAUUACCUUGGUCUGCGUGAUGGAUUCGAUAUUUAUGGCCAGAGUUGGGGAGGUAUGCUUGCUACUCGCUAUGCCACUUUGCACCCUGUUGGAUUACGGAAGCUCAUCAUUGCGGAUGCGCCGGCUAGCGUGGAGCUGGAGCAGAAAGGGGAGCAUAUCCUGCGUUCUAAGUUGCCUAAGGAUGUGAGGGAUGCAAUUGAGAAAGGCGAGAAGGAGGGAACGACAGAUUCUAAAGAGUAUCAAGAUGCUAUCACGAUUUUUAAACGGAAGCAUGUUUGUCGGAUUGUGCCUGAGCCGGAGGAGUUGCGUAUCGCUUACGAGCAUAUAAAAGAAGAUUCGGCUUCAGUUGAUACAAUGUAAGCUCUUAUCUUUAUCCUAGAUAUGGAGCUCUCCCUUCCACCCAAGUUCUUGUAGUCGCAUGAGAAGGAAACUGAUUCCGAUCCGAAUUCAUAGGUGGGGAGGCGAUGUACAAGAGCCCACAGGAUCGCUCAAAGAUUGGAAUAUCAUUCCAGAUCUUCCAAAGAUCAACGUCGAGACCUUUAUCCUUCAUGGACGGUAUGACCAGGUACAAGAUCUGGCUGUGAUUCCCUUUUUCGAGCUGAUACCAAAGGUACGAUGGGUGACGCUUGAGAACUCGAGCCAUGUUGGGUUUUUGGAGGAACGAGAGCGAUAUAUGGAGCUGCUUGGGGGCUUUCUGGCUGGCUUUCCAGAUUCGGAUUCUUAUGGGACUUAGAUGAGGUU